GAACAGUUGUAGCUGUUUUAGGAAAAGAAGGCGACUCAAGUAAGUUUGAGGUGGAGGAGUAUUCAUUUGUUGACUUGCCAGCACAGAUACCUGCUGCACCACCCGAACAGGACAGGUUUGUACUGCUGGCGUCUGGACUAGGAGUUGGCCAAGCAGGUCAACACCUAAUGAAUCUACAGAUGAUGGUUGACAUGGUAACCGGUAACCUAGGUGAUGUUAAUGAUCAGAAGAUGACUGCAAACAUUGUGCGAAUCAUCAUUGCCGGUAACAGUCUAAGCGUUAAAAAUCAGGAUAAAGGCGCUAUGACAAUGGCCAAGUACUUGACUAGGAAUACAUCUCCAAUCAGCAGUGCUGCCGUCAAGAACCUGGAUGAUAUUUUGGCACAAUUGGUGAGCUCUAUACCAGUUGAUGUAAUGCCAGGGGAGCAGGACCCUGCUAACUUCACCCUCCCCCAACAGCCCCUUCACCGGUGUAUGUUCCCUCGUGCGAAAGUCUACUCAUCUUUAAACCUGGUAACCAAUCCUUACGAGGCAUCAAUAGGCAGUUUUAGAUUCUCGGGUACUUCGGGGCAGAAUGUUGAUAGUAUUUACCGCAUCACGACGAUAGAUGACCGAAUGGAGAUCCUAGAAACGACGCUAAGGGCUGGACAUAUGGCGCCAACUGCACCUGAUUUGUUAGGUUGUUAUCCAUAUUUCAACAAUGACCCUUUCAUCUGUACCACCUGCCCCCAUGUCUAUUUCGCUGGAAACCAGCCAAAGUUUCAAACCAAAAGAUUAACAGAUUCUUUAGGCAAGAAGAUUACGCUGAUAUGUAUCCCAGAAUUCCACUCUACCCAUACAUGUGUACUGCUUAACCUUCGAACUAUGGAAUGUCAACCUUUGACUUUUGAUAGUGACAUAGUGGAGGAACCGUGUGAUAUUGAAAUGGCGGAUGAGGAUGCAGUUGAGAAGUGAUCAGUUAGGCUUCCAAUGUCAAAUACAAAUAAAGCCUUUGUUGAGCUAAUAAUGUUUCAAUAUAUUAAUACCUUAGCCACGAGGUUAUGCAGACCUGGGGCGAAUGCAGGAUUUGGUGGUAAGGGGUGUGUGUAGUGGGGUAUAUGAGAGUCCACACUACCUCAGCCUCACAGGUUGGGGCUGAAGUUAGAAAAUUGCACUCUCAUCAUAGCAGAUAUAAUUUCAAUUAUUUUCAUAUCAACAACACAAUAUUUUUUUCUUGAUACAAUUUAGGGGUGUGCAAUCACACUGUCUGCUACACCCCCUGCAUUCACCCCAGCAGACCCUAUUUUGAGUAACUCCCAUAUUUCAAAAACAUGCAUCUACUUAAAAAUAAGUACAGUACCACAUAUUUUUAGGUAUUCAUUAUUUAAUGUACAGUUCACCCAGUGACAAAAAAUACUCUGAUGCUUAUAACCGCCAUGAAAUUGAGUAAUGCUAUCAGCAUUUGUGACUGGCUACUACAGUAUAUGAGUUAGCGAAUGCCACCAAGCGCAAGAGUCCAGGGACUUCAAGUUGAAAGCAAUCCCUUUCGGCCGCUCUGGUUAAAUGAACGUUCGUAACUGUGCGAGACAAUUUAUAAAACUGUAGUAUAAAAGCAUGAAAAUAUUAUGAUUUUGCGGGUGAUUGGUUAUUUUCCGGGAGAUUUUUGUUUGCUAACGAGAUUGCGGAAGGCUGUCCCGACUUUCAGGAAACUACUGUACUGUAAAUAUGAUUGUU